AUGCCGGAAUUUCGCUCAGUUGUCCCCUGUCCUCCGAUUCCCGCUGACUUGACUGCUGCUCAAUUUAUACUUGACUCGUACCAUCCUAAGCGUCCAAUUCGCCCAGGAAACGUUCCAUGGCUCAUCGAAGAUAGCACUGGGAGAAAGGUUGAAUACGAAGAGAUACGUCUACGAACACACGCACUAGCAAACGCAUUGCACCUGCGAUGGGGCGUUGGUGAAAAUGAUGUCGUUUGUGUAUUCUCACCGAAUCACGUCGAUUAUCCUGUCUCCAUGUGGGCCGCGCAUAGACUCGGUGCAACUGUCUCAUGCGCCAAUCCAUCUUAUACUGCCGACGAGCUGGUACAUCAGCUCAUAACUACCAAGGCGUUUGUAAUGGUGUCACAUCCGGAUAGUCUUCCUACGGCCCUCGCAGCAGCACGGCAAGCUGGAUUGGCAGCGGAUCAUAUCUUCCUCAUGGAUGAGCUCAAGGCGAAAACGCCGAUCCCGUAUCCAACAAUAUCGGAUCUCGUGAAGGAAGGUCUGUCACAACCGACGUCCUUUAAAGAACGAAGACUUGCACCGGGGGAAGGCAAAACGAAACUAGCGUUCCUCAGUUUCUCCAGUGGAACGACCGGGAAGCCGAAGGCUGUCGCUAUUCCUCACUACGCUGUAAUUGCUAAUGUGGUACAAAUGGCGGAGUAUCACAAAGUGAAUGAGGAUUACACUAUUUGGGAGAAACGUCGAUUCAGACCAGGGGACAUCGCAGUUGCUGUUCUACCGUUCUUCCAUAUUUAUGGUCUGGUCGUUAAUUUACACUGGCUGCUUUUCUCUGGGAUUACCAUAGUUGUGAUUCCGAGGUUCAACUUCUUGGAUUUCCUGAAGAGUAUCGACAGAUAUAAAAUCCAACACCUUCUCCUCGUUCCUCCUCAAGUCGUCCUGCUCUGCAAGCAUCCCGCUGUGAAGAAAUAUGACCUCUCGCACGUUCGCUUUUGCAUUAGCGGAGCGGCACCCUUAUCCAGGGAAUUGACUCAGCAACUUAUCAAAGUCUUGCCAAACGCCCAGAUUGGUCAAGGAUAUGGCAUGACCGAGACGUGCACGACUGUUACGAUGGUUCCAAUUACGCAAUGGAUUGGUACUCCAGGAAGCGGAGGCCAACUGAUUCCAGGCUGUACCGCGCGAGUUGUGAAGGCUGAUGGUACGCUGGCGGAUUACGACGAGGAGGGCGAACUACACGUUACCGGUCCUCAGAUGGCGCUUAGGUAUACGAAUGAUGAGAAGGCCACGCAAGAGACGUUCGUAGAUGGUUGGGUCAGGACCGGUGAUGAGGUGAAGUUCGCGAGGAAUGGUGAUAUCUUCAUCGUUGACAGGUUAAAGGAGAUUCUCAAAGUCCGUGGCUUCCAAGUAGCUCCUGCAGAGCUAGAAGGACAUCUAUUAGACCACCCCGAUGUGUCCGAUGCGUGUGUGGUUGGCAUCCCAGAUGAUUAUAGUGGUGAAGUUCCCCUGGCUUUCGUCAUGCUCGAGACUAGAGCGGCAGAGCGCGCGAAGAGAAGCAAUGCGGAGGCUGAGAAGAUUAAGCAAUCGAUAAUGAAACACGUCUCUGAUGCCAAGGUGCAGUACAAAUGGCUAAAGGGCGGUAUCGAGUUCGUGGAUGUUAUUCCGAAGAAUCCUAGUGGAAAACUACUAAGACGACUAAUGCGAGACAAGGCGAAGGAGAUUGUUGCGAAGCGUGGCGCGAAGGCGAAGCUUUGAGACGUUUUGGAUAACAUGACGGAGGGCCAUAUAUGAUUUUGUGGAAGUAUCGCACAUCUAGAUGCGACUGUUUACUCGGAGACUUUCCCUGUGGGCUAUGUUUGUUUAUGGACCGUUGUUAUCUUCCUGUAUUAUCUUUCGUUGAUUUAUCCUUUAUGGCUUUCCUUUCAACCUUGAGGACAAAUGUAUUAGAUAAUGGAAUCGGACGGAUAUUCUU